AUGACACCAAAAUCACCACAGCAGAAGACAUACCACACGUCGAAUCCGAUUGCAGAAACUGCAAUUGACAGAACUAUUCCAGAUUUGCCAAUUGCACAGUUAUCUGACGAAGAUAAAUAUUUCAGAACUCACAAGGCUCCCCCAUAUUUACCGGAGAUCGAGAAGCAGGUGACAGCUUUUGUUGAAUAUCAUGCUGCUAAUACUGGCAAACGUAUCGUGUUAGUAACAUCUGGUGGUACAACUGUUCCAUUAGAAAAUAACACUGUUAGAUUUAUUGAUAAUUUCAGUGCCGGUACGAGAGGAGCAACGUCGGCAGAGUACUUCUUAGAGAAUGGGUAUGCCGUUAUAUUUUUACAUAGAGAGUUUUCGCUUUUGCCAUAUUCAAGGCAUUACAGUCACACAACUAAUUGUUUCUUAGAUUAUAUGACAGAAGUUAAUAAUAAGGUCGAAAUUAAUCCUAAUUUUGCAGAUGAGAUGUUGGUUGUCUUAAGAAAGUACAAAGAAGCAAAAGAAUCACAGUCGUUAUUAUUAAUACCAUUUACGAAUGUUAAUCAAUAUUUAUACACAUUGAAAUUGAUGGCUAUUUUAUUACAAAAAAUUGAAGACAAGGCUUUGUUUUACUUAGCAGCUGCCGUCUCAGAUUUCUUCUUACCACAAUCGAGAAUGCCUCAGCAUAAAAUACAAUCCCAAGCUGCAGGUAAAUUGAUAAUUAACUUGGAACAAGUCCCAAAAUUCUUGAGAAGGUUGGUUGACAAUUGGGCACCAUCUGCAAUGAUUGUUUCAUUCAAAUUAGAAACGGAUCAUCUGAUCUUAAUCGAAAAAUCCAAGGGUGCAUUAGAAAGAUACCAACAUCAGUUGGUGAUUGGUAACUUAUUACAAACCAGAAAGAAGGAAGUUGUAUUUGUUCAUUCAGAUGGAUCCGAACUUUGGAUCAGAUUAACAGAUAAACAAAAAGAAGACGAAAUGGAUAUUGAAGGAUUAAUUAUUCCUGCAGUAAUUAAAGAACAUUCCGAAUGGAUUGAACAUCAUUCUAAAUAA